AUGAUAAAAGAGGAUUUCACAGUAAAGAAUCAAUUUGUUUGCUUUAUGCAUUAAAAAUCAAGAAUCAUGACAAAAUAACAUUGUUAAGAAGCAAUCAAGCAUCUCGAAUUCUUACUCAAAAUUUGA